UUCGGUUUAGGUGGUGCGUGCUUAUUUGCUGUCUGCGCUCCUAUGGCAACGUAAUGGAUUAUCCAUCCCCAUGCACGUUACCACAACUGGACAUCUUUUGCACUGUGGAUUAUUGGUAUGUCAAUGGCCGGGAACAGUCGCGUAAUCGCGUUUUGAGCUCGGUAACUGCUGUUUAAAGAGUACUUUGGACAGGAGGAUACAAUGAUUUGUCAUUGAGGCGCGCGUCAAAUUGUUUCUCAUUCAGACACGUCCGUCCGUCUCCCCGCAUCCAGUGUGCGCGCUUUGAUUCUGCGCUCUCGGGAUCGGUGUCUAGUAUUACAAGAACGUACGGAUGCAGCGGGAUGCGCUGGUGUAUUAAUAUUUGCGCGUUCAUAUUUUUGACGACCUUUCGCCUGUUUAAAGAUCCCAUAUCCCAAAACAAGUGAUGUGCGUUUUUUUGCCUGCGUAUUCGUUCAGAUGCUACGGACUGUGAAUUGUUUUGUUAAGGUGGUCGUUUUAAAAUCUCAAUGGAUAAGGUGAAUUCUUCCAUGCGCAAACGGCUCUACAGCUUGCCACAUCAGUUUGGACACAAGAGUGCUAUGACUCGAGACGGCGAAGACGGCGACAAGGACACUCGGAGGAAGAGUGUCAAAAUGAAGCAUCUUCCGUCACCCUCUUCCAUAGGGAGCACGAAAGGUGUCAGCGAGGCCAAGAGUGGAGACGCGGAGACCGAUGUGGGGAGACCCUUCAGAACCAACGUGAACGGCGACUGUCGGAGGUUUAGGGGCAGUCUGUCUUCCAUCACCAGCCGGCAUGCCCCAGACGCGGAUCUGGCGGAGCAAAGGCGCCUCAUCACCGAGGGGGAUGCCAGCCCCGAGGACGACGGUCCCUUGGAGCAACCUGGAUCUGGAGAGAGCCAGGGCGCACAAGGUGGUCGUAGCGAGGGGGCACAACAGGCGUCCUCUGAUGAACAGUCGAGUUUCAUAAAGUUGGAGGGUAUCGAUCAGAUCAUGCCGGACGAUGAGAGAUUGUACCAGGCUGGGUUUAUGCACAGGCAGUUUGGAGCGAUGCUUCAGCCAGGGGUCAACAAGUUCUCGCUUCGAAUGUUCGGAAGCGAAAAGGCUGUGGAGCGUGAGCAGGAACGGGUCAAAUCCGCAGGCUUUUGGAUUAUUCAUCCAUACAGUGACUUCAGGUUCUACUGGGAUCUGAUCAUGCUCCUCCUGAUGGUGGGCAACUUGAUCAUCAUCCCAGUAGGCAUCACAUUCUUUAAAGAUGAACACACCCCCGCCUGGAUAGUCUUCAAUGUUGUCUCUGACACGUUCUUCCUGGUGGACCUGGUGUUGAACUUCCGCACGGGGAUCGUGAAGGAAGACAGCACGGAAAUCAUCCUGGACCCUCAGCAGAUCAAGGUGAGGUACCUUCGGAGCUGGUUCGCCGUGGAUUUUAUCUCUUCCAUCCCUGUGGAUUACAUCUUCCUUAUCGUGGAGACGCGCAUCGACUCGGACUUCUACAAGACGGCGAGGGCGUUGAGGAUUGUGCGUUUUACAAAAAUACUCAGUCUGCUGAGGCUGCUGAGAUUGUCAAGACUGAUUCGAUACAUCCACCAAUGGGAGGAGAUAUUUCACAUGACCUAUGACCUUGCGAGUGCCAUGGUGCGCAUUGUGAAUCUGAUCGGAAUGAUGCUGUUGUUGUGCCACUGGGACGGCUGUCUGCAGUUCCUCGUGCCCAUGCUGCAGGACUUUCCCUCAGACUGCUGGGUGGCCAAAAACAAAAUGGUGAAUGACACGUGGGGUCAGCAGUACUCUUACGCCCUCUUUAAGGCCAUGAGCCACAUGCUGUGCAUCGGCUACGGCAUGUACCCUCCCGUAGGCAUGACGGAUGUUUGGCUGACCAUCCUCAGCAUGAUUGUGGGCGCAACCUGCUAUGCCAUGUUUGUGGGCCACGCAACUGCCCUCAUUCAAUCACUGGACUCCUCACGAAGGCAGUACCAGGAGAAAUACAAACAGGUGGAGCAGUACAUGUCCUUCCACAAACUUCCAGCAGACAUGCGGCAGAGGAUCCACGAUUACUAUGAGCAUCGCUAUCAGGGCAAGAUGUUUGAUGAGGAGAGCAUUCUGGGAGAACUGAACGAGCCACUCAGAGAGGAAAUCAUCAGUUUUAACUGUCGAAAGCUUGUGGCCACCAUGCCUUUGUUCGCCAAUGCAGAUCCAAACUUUGUGACUUCCAUGCUCACCAAGUUGCGUUUCGAAGUGUUCCAGCCGAGAGAUUACAUUAUCAGAGAGGGGACAGUGGGAAAGAAGAUGUAUUUCAUCCAACACGGCGUACUAACUGUCCUGACAAAGGGCAGCAAAGAGACAAAGAUCUCAGACGGUUCUUACUUUGGAGAGAUCUGCUUGCUGACCCGAGGUAGAAGAACAGCCAGUGUCCGAGCGGACACAUACUGUCGUCUUUACUCGCUCUCUGUGGACCAUUUCAAUGAGGUGUUGGAGGAGUACCCCAUGAUGCGACGCGCCUUCGAGACUGUGGCUCUCGAUCGCCUUGACCGCAUAGGAAAGAGGAACUCUGUGCUCCAACACAAGGUCCAACGGGAUCUGAAUUCCGGAGUGUUCAACUACCAAGAGAACGAGAUCAUCCAGCAGAUUGUGCAGCACGACAGGGACAUGGCCCAUUGUGCCCACCUGAUGCAAACACCUACCCUGGCUCCACACCCAGCACCUACACCAUCAUCCCACACUCCUGUCAUCUGGGCGCCUCUUAUCCAGGCUCCUCUUCAAGCUGCCGCAGCCACCACUUCAGUCGCCAUCGCCUUGACACGCCACCCCCAUCUGCCCCAUGCGCUCUUCCGGCCCCCUGUCCCGCUGCUUGGCUCUUUGAAGGACCAACCAGAGUUUGUAAAACAGUUCCAGACAUCUCUGUCGGGCGCCACUGCAUUUGGCGGCUCCUCAUCAGCUAGCUCGCAGUUUAGCUCUUGUAUAGAGACCCCAAUUCUGGACACGCUCAGGACUGAGAGAUCAUCUACCUCCACCCCUGCACCACCAUCGUCUAGUUCUCUACCAUCCGCUAUCACCACAACCACUUCCAGCAUCACAGAAUCUUCCAUUAAUCCCUAUAGAUCCCUUGCCUCUCAUGGCUCCAAAGACUUUAGUGUUGCCCAGCUUCAUUCUCAACCACAUCAGCUUCCUCCGGCCUCCUUCCCCAGCUUUGCUGCAUCCCUUCCUGGGUUCUUCCAAAAAGGAGCCGUUGGAGGAGAGCCCAUCCAGCUUGCAAUUCCCCCCGUAUCUACCCUUACCCCUUUGAUAGCACAUUCAGUAAGUCCCAUACUGACCCAACUGCAUUCAGAACAGACUAAUCCUCAACCUACAAAACCUAGUCAGGACCUGACUAAAGUUACCAGGACAGUUUCCCAAUCUCCUAUAAAAGAGUCCCCUAUCUGCUCCAAGGGCAUGCUAGAACAAGUCCCAAUUGCCCCAUCCCAGCACCCUCAAACUGGUCAACAUCCCGACGUUUUCUACCAGCUGUCCCAAGAACCAUCUGCUCUUGCUUCCUUAGCACAAUAUGGGUCAGGAAAUGCAUCCCCUUGUAGCACCCCUUCAGCUUGGAGCCCCACGUGCCAGAGUCCUACGGUGGAGAAGAUGAGGAUGUCCACGCAUAGCCAUCCUGCAAGCAUCUCUGGUUCCCAAAGCUCUCUCCUGACCGCUCAGACACUAUUUCCGCCACCGUCCCGACCAAGAGAAAGGGGUGGAUCACUGGUUGAUUUACCUUCCCAGGAUUUAAGCACCAUUUCUAUUACCCUUCCAACUCCAGGACCGCCUGAAAAGUCCAAGCUGGUUGGACGAGGACCACAACCUCCGGACUUGUCCCAGCACAGAGGAUCAGCUUCAGGUUUUUCACCUCUCCCCUCACCCCCUGCUGUUAUCAAACCAUUUAGCUCAAUACCUGGUCACGUUGUUUUAUCGAGACAAACUUCAAAGUUGUCCAUAAGUCAGACUGCGUCCUCAGGUGGAUCGCCGGCUCAUGAAUCUAGUGAUAGGUCCGCCCCUAGCACACCAACUUUGCACCCAAAACUCCCAUCGAACUUGUGAGAAUGGGCUACACCCUCCUGAAAUGAGUGACCUUGUUUUUAAUAGCCAGAAUUAACCGUCACAGAAACUGACUUUUUGGAGGAGGGUGUAUGUUGGUUUUCUUGGACUUCUUGGUCUACAAGGACUUCCCUGUUUGUUAAACCAAAAGAAAGAAUGAACUAACAAAACUUAGCAAAGAACGAAGGUGUGAAUUCAAUUUGUCUUCCAAGUUGUCAUUCAUUUUUGCAAUAUUAUUGUCUUAUAAUAAAACUGUAUAGGGAUAUGCAACUAACAACUUCCCAAAAAAACGAACAAAAAACAACCGAAAAAAAAAAUUCCGAGUAGUAAUCCUAAGAGACGUGUGUAUGUUUGUGAAUUUGUGAGCGUGCGAGUGAGUGUUUGUUGUUGUCAUAUUAAAAUAGGAUGCUCUUUUUAAAGGAGGGAAAUAUGGUGGGUCAGGGAAGCAAAACUUCAUUCGUCGCAGUUCAUCAGUCUAGAAUCAUCUGUCACUGUAAAAGGACACAUCAUACAGGUCUCUCCGGGCAGGUGGCACAGAUACAUACACGCACAUUUAUACACACGUACAAACAAACCUAGCCCUCAGCAUCCCAGUUAUCUAGACCUAAUAUGUUUUUUUCACUAGACCUUGACCCCAUACAUACCUCCUGAUGAAGAGUACUGCUCAGUGUCUAUGGCCUUUCCCGUUUUAACAAUACUGCCUUAGUGUCUGAACACCAGGGAUUAACACCCUCACUUCCACAACAGAACGGAGAAUAUGAAGAAUGUUUUGCAGUCAUGUUGUAUGUGCUUUGUAUUUGAAUUUGUGCAGUACUUAAGCAAUAAAACGGUAUGCUUGGUUUUGUAUCUGCACAGAGGUCGAACUGUAAAUUUCAGCUUUCUUCCUGUCAGACAACGGUGACGACACCACUAAUGUGACGCAGUUAUUUUAAAAAAGCCCACUGCAGUUACCAAAGCUUAUGAGUUAAGAACUGUAAGUCAUUGAAUCUGGUUUGUGUGUUUUCAUUUACGUUUCACAUGUUCAGACACUCUAAAUUGCACAUUUUGUAAAAUGCAGUAGGCCUAUACCCCACAUUUUGCAUGAGGUUGUAUAUGCUUUCAGGUUGUGCAAUAUCUGUUUUGUUUAGUAUUAUUAUUUACUGUAUAUCUUUAAUCAUUUCAGAUGUAUUACAGCAAUUAAAGAACAAAACAUUCAAACGUAUUCAUUUGGUACAGGCAAAACAGACAACUUUUUAAAAUAAAAAAACAAUAUUUAAGGUAGCAACUGCUAUGCCAUAUGUGGCCGUUGGUAAAAGGAGGAAUAAUAUAUUUCUAAGUGUCCUUCCUUUUCAGCAAGCUUACACAGGUAGAUGAUGAAAAUUCCCUUGUCCCAGGUUAUUAUAUAUAGUAUAAUUUAUAUGAUUUUAUAUUACAUGUCUAUGUAUAUAUCUAUUUAUUGUGUACGUGUUUAUUUGUUUUGUUAACCUACUUAUAUACUCCUGAUUUUAUCUAGUCAACACGCAAAUACUGUGUAUCCCUCAAUUUCACUUCUCCAUUCUUGCACUAUGCUUUCGAUGUCGAUGAUCAUAUCAUUUUAGUUUUCAGACCCUGAUUUGUAAUAUUCCCUGCACUAAAGCUGGUAAAAAUGGCGAGCAAAAUGCAAAUGAGAGUGCUAUAUGUAAUGCUGAAUAUUAAUGAAAUAUCAAAGCAUCAAAGAGCUUUUUGUUAGUGUUACAGGGCACAUGUACACUACACACUGUAAUCUUUGUCAUGUCCGAGUGUGCGUAUGCGUGUUUAAUGGACAAUUAUGUUGUAGCAUUUUAUAAUAUUCUGUGCAUUUAUUGUUUAUCAUAGCCAAAGUGAAGUAUCAUUAUGAUAUUAUACAGUAGCAUUUUAACCUGAUUUCAUAAAGAGAUAACCGAGUAUUGUUGACUUGUGAGAUCGUAAAGGAUUAUGAUGCGCAAUCUUCUCAAGAACUGUUAUUUAGGUUGUGCAACUCGAAAAGUGUUUGGCAGAAUGGUUAUGCUGUGUGCCACAUCCAUGAUGGACAAGUUUUGUUGUGUCCUCUGUUCUUCUAUCAUAAAUCAGCUUCCUGGCAAAAAAUACCCCUUCAGAACUCUCAAGCAUAUUCAUGCUGUGGCCUAUAUUUCACAGGUCGAACAUGAACAAUAUUAUGAUUUCUGUCAGAUAUUUUAGUUUUUUGGUCAGCUCACAUGCCAUGUUUGGUCUUUGUUUCACUGUAUCAUGAUUAUAAUAAUGAUAUAAUUAUGGUAACUAUGUAAUAUGACUAACAUGCUUCAAAAUCAAAAUAUGACGGUAUAACGUUCAUGAAUACUGAAUAAUCACAUAUGUAUGAACUUUCACGAGUAUAGCUCAAUGAUAUUUCAUUUACACUAUGUUAAUCGAUAAACAAUUGUACGAAUUAAACUUUUAUCUUUUGC